UCCGCUUUCCGGACAGAAAAUUGACGACCCAGGCUAACUUUGAACGUUUAAAACGAGCUAAAACUGUUUCAGAGGUGACAGCUUCGGAACAAAUGGCUUUCGCCUCGCACAGCCACCGAGACCCGAGCGGAAACUACGUUUUCUCAAGCCGACCCAGAGUCGUCGAGAGCCGCUCCGGCAGGGAACCUCCGUCCGAACGGACUCAGCGGCAUUACGUGAACAUCAUGUACGAUCCUCGAGUUGUCAGAGGAAAUACUUACGCUCAACACAUCAUACCGAUCCCGCCUCAGCCAGACCUCGCUGAGAUACAAAGACAGCAGGCGAUCAGGAAAAGGGCCAUCGCUCGAAAACGUGCCCUGGAGCAGCAGAGACUCAGACUCAGGACCCCUGAACCCCUGCAGGGCAGAAAGCACAUAGAUGUGCAGACAGAUCUUUACCUUGAAGAACUGAGCACGGUCAUUGUAGCUGCAGACACUGAAUGCCAAACGGAUGAAUUCCUGGACAGACCAGCGACUCCGCUCUUCAUCCCUGCCAAAUCUGGCAAAGAUGCUGAAACUCAGAUAGAGGAGGGAGAGCUGUUUGACUUUGAUGUUGAAGUCCAGCCCAUUUUGGAGGUCCUGGUGGGAAAGACUCUGGAGCAGUCCCUGCUGGAGGUGAUGGAGGAAGAGGAGCUGGCGUGUCUGAAGGCACAGCAAAGGGCCUUCCUGGAGCUCCGAAACAACGAGCUGGCAGAGGUGCAACGACUCCAGGAGCAGGAGAGACGACGCACAGAGGAGAAGAAGCACAGGAUUGCCCAGCAGAGAGAGGUGCUGAAGCAGGAGAGAGAGGUUGCAGAGAAGAUCACGGCUCGUGUUUACUGCCAGCAGUACCUGGCCGGCCUCCUGCCUGCAGUCUUCAGCUCUCUGAGGGACCGCGGCUACUUUUACGACCCCGUGGAGAGAGAUAUUGAGAUGAAUUUCCUCCCACGACUGAUGGCUAAGGUUCACAACAACUUAGAGAAGAGCAACACAUGCAGAGAACUGCUGGACACUCUCAUCAAUGAAGUCACUCAACAAAGACUGGAGGUUAAAUAUCUGGAGACAGAGUCUGACUCAUAAAGACAAUUGUGGAGCACAGAAAUGUACAAUUAAAUGCUUAUUAAACUAGAAUUAAUUGACAAAUUGUAACUGAAACAUAAUUGUUGAACUUCUGCAAACCGUGAAGACGUUUAGUUUAGUGACCUUAACUGUGUUUGUCUAUAGGUUUGAAAACACAUUUUCUGGGAAAUAGUGUAUUUUUUUUGAAGUGACACUGACACACCAUACUUUCAGCACCCCCACAGAAUGCCCCUGUUGCUUCAGAAUAAAGAUAAAACUGGCUUUUC